AUGUAUAAGCCCAUCAAUAGUACAUCAGUUACUCUAAUCCCUAAAGUUAAAAAUCCAGCUUUGAUUAAAGAAUACAGACCAAUCUCUUAUUGUUCCACCCGUUACAAGAUUAUUUCAAAGAUGCUAACAAGUAGACUGUUACAAGUGAUGGAUACACUGGUAGAUGGUAUCCAAAUAACUAUUGUCCCUGGCAGAGUAGUGACAUAUGUCAAGGGGACCCUUCUUAGCCAUGGGUUGAUAAAGGGAUACAGAAGAAAAGGGGUGAGACAAGGGGGCCCUAUAUAUGUCCCUCUGUUAUUUCUCUUGGCAAUGGAGUACUUAACAAGGGUGCUGAAAACUCUAAAAGAUCAGCAUGAUUUUAAUUACCAUCCUAGAUGUGAGAAACUGAAUAUCAUCCCACUAAGUUUUGCUGAUGGCCUACUCUUGUUUUGUAGAGGAGAUACAAUGUCCAUACACAUAUUGUAUGAUUGUUUCCAGGAUUUUUCAAAAGUAUCAGGACUUAUUCUCAACCAGAGCAAAAGAUGUGUAUAUUUUGCAGGAGUCCCAGUAGACAUUCAACAAGAGAUUCUUCAGAAGUUAGGUUUCAGAGUGGAUGAGCUAUCAUUUCGAUAUCAUGGGAUAUUCCCUCUACCAAAGAAAGUCAUCCAAACAGUUGAAGCCAUAUGUAUAAGAUUCCUAUGGAUAGGUGAUGCUGCAACAAAUAAGAAAGCUUUGGUGGCAUGA